AUGGGUUUCUUGAACAGACUCAAGAAACGUUUUCGCCGCCCCAAGGAUGACAAUGCCUCCCAAGAAUCGCCCAAUACCCUGUCGGUUCCACAUCAGCACGUCGGUGCAUCCACGGACACGAUAUCCAGCCCUGGAGCUCUGAACGAUUCCUCGAUAGCACCGCAACCAACGUCAGCCAUCGACCUCGGGACUGCUGCUCCAGAGAUUCCACAAAACGGGACGACUGAACAGCCGCUCUCCCACGGAGACAGUGGCAGGUCUAUUCGAAAGCUGUGGGAUGUAGCAUACAAGGACCUACAGGCUGAAGAUAAAUCCCUUGUCCAACAGUUCGAAAACGAUAUUCGUGGCAACUUGAGCGCCGGCAUCGGUACUCUUGCACGUUCCCAUAUGGAGACGAAAGGCUGGUUAGGAACGAUCCUUAAGCACAAGAUCGAAGAAGUCAAUCGGGACGCAUGGAAGUUGCAAUUCGGCAGCACCGAGGUCCAAGUCGAGGAAGUAGUGAAACCUGUCCUAGCGGUUGUCAAUUGGGCCAAUGAUUUCGUUGCGAAGGCCGUUAGCUCAAAUCCCUACGCAUCGAUCGCUUGGGGUGGUGUAAGCCUGUUACUGCCGCUACUCCUGAACCCUUUAGAACAAGGUUCUUCUCUGGCAAAAGGCCUGAAGCACAUCUCAUCCAUCAUAGUUCGAAGCUCGAUGUGGGAGGAUCUCUACGUGCGGCGCUACGAGUCUGACAAUAGUGAGCCUUCGCUGGGGUCUCACGAUCAAUACCGAACAGCCUUGAAAAGGCUGUAUCAAGAAAUCAUCAGGUUCCAGAUUGUUUGUUAUCAUCAUUUCAAUCACAAAACCGCCUCUCGAGUAGGACUAGACGCUGUGAAGCACAACGACUGGGAGGAGCUGCUCAAAGAGAUUGAGUAUCAGGAGACCCAAUUCGACAAAGUGCUCAGCGAUUGGCGCGACAGAAUGUUCAAUGACGAAUGCGAGAAAUCACAGGGGCGGCAUGAACAAGUCAUGAUUCACUGGCAAAACAUCGGCACAGAUGUCUCUGACUUGAAAAGAAGAGUUGAGGAAAUUCAGGAAGACGAGAAGCGCAAAGAGCUGCUCAGCUGGCUCUGCACCGUCGAUACUUCGGUGCAGUAUAACGCUGCGCGUAGCAAACACCGUAAAGGAACCUGCGAGUGGUUGAUAAAUGACAGCGAGGACUUCAAGACGUGGGAAAGGGCUCCCAAAUCUUUCUUGUGGCUCAACGGCAAGGCUGGCUCUGGGAAAUCGAUUCUCAGCUCAUCCGUCAUCAAACACUUGAAAGAAAAGUCCGAAAAGGAUCCUAGAGUUGCACUUGCAUACUUCUUUUUCAGUUUCGGAAACAUAGAGCUGCAAAAGGUGAACAUCAUGCUCUCGUCGCUUGUCAGACAACUGUGCGCAAGCCGCCCCGACACACCACAGCCGAUCAAAGACUUCGAGACUUGUAUGAUCAAAGGAGAGCAUCCAGACACGGAGACCCUUGUAGAGGCACUAAUAGCUGCCGUUUGUGGGUUUUCAGCGGCAUACAUUGUUGUAGACGCUCUCGAUGAGUGCCCGAUUCUUGACGAGGAGCGAACGAGGCUUAUGGACUGCCUCAGUAAUAUCAUUGCCAAAAUGCCUGAUAACCUCCAUAUCUUUUGUACGAGCAGGGCUGAGCCGGAUAUUGGCACUAAGUUUGAAGAGUUGCUGUCUGUGCCAACAAAUAAAUCCAUCAGUCUCAUGGAAAAGCAGGCGGGCUUAGAUAGUGAUCUAAGUCUGUACAUCGACACAACCUUAGCUACUGGAACGUACCAACAUUGGCCUCCCGAGAUCAAGACCGAAGCCAAGGAAUCAUUACUCGCGAAAGCGGAUGGAAUGUUUCAAUACCUUGUCAGCCAUUUCGAAGUUCUCCAAAAGUUGAAUUCAAGAGGGGAAAUACGUUCAGGACUUCGGAAUUUGCCAUCGGGACUUGACGCAACAUAUAAUAGGCUCCUUCUCGACCUAGACCCCGCUUCUCAACCUCAGAUCCUAGACUCGCUGAAGUGGCUAGCUUUUUCAAGCAGACCACUGAGUCUCGCCGAACUUGCCGAAAUAUUCAUUUUCCGUCCUGGGGGUGUCAUCGACCUAAAAGAAGAGCGACUUUUUGCCCCAGAAGGGGUUUUGAGAUAUUUCUCAAGCCUCGUGACUACCGAGACAAGAGAAUACUAUACCUAUGGAAGACGGGAAACAAUCACAGCUGUCCGCCUCGCUCACUUCACAGUCAAGGAGUAUUUGAUAUCUAAUCGCAUCGAACGAAGCCCUGCAAAGCAGUUCUGGUUUACGGAGAGGAAUGCUCACCUGCACAUCGCUCAUUGCUGCCUGUCUUAUCACGUCAGCCAAAGUGCCGAGGCCAAAGAGUCUGACUAUGAGCUGGAAAGCUACGCAUCCGAGAAUUGGGUAGGGCACUUAGACCUAGUUCCGCGCGAUGAAUGGUCGUCUGAGGUUGUCCGGCUCGCUGAGCGUGCCCUCUCCAUCCGCAGUGACAGCUUGGAACUGCUUAUACGGAUUGGACCACUAUCUAAUUUUAGUCGGCUGGGAUGGUGGUUUACCGAAAUUGAACGGGUCAACAUGCGGCAGCGGCCGUAUUGCUACACUGCCGGGCUCGGCUCUCUGAAUCUCACCAAACUCCUGCUUCGUGGAGGUUCGAGAGCCAGCAUGUACUUGGUUCAGGAGGAUCUCAACUUGACCCUCCGAGUCGCUGCCAAAGCAGGUUAUCAUGAUAUUGUACGAUUUAUUCUUGCCCGAUGUGCACGUGACAAAGCACAAGACGCGGUCACUGUCGGGCCGCUACAGGCUGCGGCGGACCGAGGACAUUUGGCCAUAAUAAGCCUCUUGCUAGACAGUGGUGCAGAUAUCGAUGCGUACGAUGACGAAUUCGGGUCGGCUUUGAAGGCCGCGGCCAUGAACAAUCAGCCAACAGCACUACAAUUACUCCUGAGCCGCGGGGCUGACGUCCGCAAGGCAGGUUGUCUUUUGUCGUGCUGGAUAUCGACUUGUGGGGAGAAGUACAAUGUCCCGGGAAAUACUGAAGUUUUGCAGCUUCUUCUCGACAGCGGUGCUGAUAUAAACAGCAAGUGUGCAAGACACGGAAGCCCACUGAAUCAGGCAAUCACGAGGUGGUUAAGUCAGAAAACGCGUAGCUUUUUUGACUUUGUUGUAAGGCACGGCGCCGACAUUACAUUGGAUGAUGGGCGAGAGGGCACCCCGCUCCAAGCGGCAUGCCUCACAAUGCGGCCCCUUGGGGUUGUCGACCCGUCUCGAAGCAUGGCAGUGAUUGAGGCCCUGCUAGACAUGGGGGCCGACGUGAAUGGCCAGGGUGGGGAGUGCGGUAACGCAUUACAAGUGGCAUGUGGUAGACAAGAUGACGACACUAGUGUGAUUAGUCUGCUUCUCGACAAAGGCGCGGAAAUCAACCAGCUGGGAGGCCGCUAUGGAACAGCAUUACACGCCGCCUGCUCGAAAGCGGGCCCAAAGUUGGUUAACUUCUUGCUUGCCAAAGGUGCUGACCCUACGAUAGAGGGUGGGGAGUUUGGAAGCGUCUUGCAGGCGGCAUGUUCCAACUACGACCUAGACCACCGUCUAGGUAUUGUGAAGAAACUGGUCGAACAGGGCGCCGAUAUCAAUGCUGUUGGUGGCAAAUUCGGAAGCGCGCUGCAAGCGGCAGCUUCAAACGAAGUCCCAUUACUUUUCAAUCGCGAGAGUGGGAAUGUAGAAACCUUUUUGCUCAGCAAAGGCGCAGAAGUCAACAUGCAGGGAGGGAUCUAUGGCACAGCACUUCAAAGCGCUUGCGAAAUAGGCAAGAUGGAAGCGAUUCGCUUGUUACUUUCUCAUGGUGCAGAUGUAAAUGUUGAGGGCGGAACAUACGGGACUGCACUUCAGGCGGCUUGCUCGUAUCAAGUGUGGAGAAAGGGCUCUUACGACAUGGCACGCCUACUCAUAGAACAUGGCGCCAACGUACAUGUUCAAGGCGGCCUUUUCGGGAGCGCCUUGCAUGCUGCUGCUACGACUCCUCACUGGAUGGGUGAAGACAACGAACCGAUGAGGCUCCUCCUCGACCAUGGUAUCGAUAUUGACAGCAUAGGCCGACCAUAUGGCACUGCUCUGCAAGCUGCCCUUGAGAUCGUGCAGGAUGGCCACGGCCUCGUCCCCAAGCUCCGGUUUCUUCUCGAACGCGGCGCUGAUGUCAACUUAGGAGGCGGUCAAUAUGGAUUUCCUUUGCAGUCAGCGUGUGUACCGCGUUGGAGCAGUAUCUGCGGCCUCAUCUACCUCCUCGAAAACUGCCCCGGAAUCAACGUCAACAUGACAGGAGGGCUAUUUGGCACGGCUUUACAGGCAGCAACGUCUCAAGGCAUGACAAAAGGCGUUGAGCUGCUACUUCAGAAGGGAGCCGACACCAAUGUUCGUGGCGGAAAGUACAGAAGCGCACUCAAUGCGGCCAUCUUCAAAGGGUAUUGGGAUCUGGUCGAGAUACUGCUGGAUGCUGGAGCCAAGCCAGACUUUUAUCAUCUUUCCGAACCCGACGAGGAAUGGCUGGAAAGUAUUGGCAGUGAAGAUGGGAAGGGCGCUGUGGAUCGUUACAGGAAGUUUUGGGAGAUAGAGACGCUGAAAUUGAGCCAAGGCAAGGCGGUAAAAGGGGAGAAUGACUAG